AUGCUCCUAUGCGGGAUCAUUGAUGAGUUGAGCAAGCAGUGCUCAGACCCUAUCACUGUGGCGUAUUUCUUCUGUCAAGCGACAGAAAUGAAGAUUAAUCAUGCCACCGCGGUUCUUCGGGGUCUGAUCUAUAUGCUUGUGAUUCAGCACAAAUCACUCAUCUUUCGUGUAAGGCGAGAGUAUGACCUCAACAAAACGGCCUUCGAAGACUUGAAUGCCUGGCAAGCAUUAUCCAAGAUCUUUCUCGGUAUCCUCGAUGACCCGCUUAUUACGAAUCGCGCGACCUACAUUAUCAUCGACGCGCUAGAUGAAUGUACCACUGACUUGACACCACUCCUUGAUCUUAUCGCCCAGAGGUCCUCUAAGUAUGCGCACGUUAAAUGGCUCGUCUCGAGCCGUAACUGGCGUAAGAUCGAGGAGCGACUUAAUACUGCAACUGGAAAAGUCAAUCUUGACCUAGAGUUAAACGAGGACUCGAUAUCAGCAGCCGUCGAGUAUUUCAUUCAUCAUAGAGUGAAGGAACUGUCUAGUCACAAAAAGUACAGCGAUCAACUUCGUGACACAGUUAUUCAAUACUUGCUAAACAAUGCCCAAAGUACCUUUCUAUGGGUGGCACUGGUAUGCCAGCAGCUCGCUGAUUUUCAUGGGAGACUGUGGCAUACAGAGGACCUAUUGAAAAGAUUUCCGCGAGAGUUGAAGCCACUUUACCGGCGCAUGUUUGAACGAAUCCUCGACUCUGAGGACUCAGAGCUCUGCAAGCAAGUCCUUUCGCUUAUCCUCAGCGUGUACAGACCCAUUUGUCUUAGUGAAUUGAGGACGUUGGCCAAUCUUACGGAUAAAGGGUGCGAUGACCAUGAAUCACUCCGAGAGAUUGUACAUGAGUGUGGCUCCUUCUUGAAAGUGCAAGAGAACUCCAUCUUCCUUGUUCACCAGUCCGCCAAGGAUUUCCUACUUGACCCUCUAAAUAAAACAUUUGUGUAUAAGGGGGAAAUCCAACAUCACUUACUUUUUUCACGUUCACUUCUAGCGAUCAAAAAGCUUGAACGUGACAUUUACAAGCUCAAGCACCCAGGCAUUUCCAUUGACGAAGUCACCCCCCAAGUCCCAAUCCCUUAG